GAAGACAAUCGAAAGUCACAUCCGGUCACGGUGAGUUUUGGGAGCGCGGGGCGCCAAAAAAUAACUUCUUUAAUUUGGGACAACAAAGCUGGCGUAACUACGACAACAACCGACGCUUUCCGGCUGUAAGUCGCCAGUUAACAGGGUCGCCUGUUAAACCGUAACACCGGUAAACUUUCAGUGAGGAAACAACUCCCCUGAAGGGUUUGACGAGUGACCCGGAUACGCACAGUAUUCAUUCCUUCCCCCGGGGUUUCUUCCCUGCCAGACAUCCCCGAUGGGCACAACGGGGGACGCUGCAGACGUCAUCAUCAUCCUCAGUGAUGAUGAAGAAGAGGACAUAUCGUGCAGCGAUCUCUCGGUUCUCAUCGUGGAGGUGGAGGACGUGAAGAAGAGCGACUGUGCUGUACCCCCCGGUGCUCUGGAUGAAGACCUGGUCAUCACCUUCUCUCGCAGCGCUGAGGUCCUUCCUCAUGCACGCUACGACUGUCCCAUACAUGCUUUUACGCCUACAGAUUCUGAGAUCGGCGUUUCUGUGGCCGGUAACCAUCUCACGUGUGAUCAGUGCUUCUGCUACAUCUGCGACAAGCUGGCGUCAUCGUGUAAAUUGUGGUCGUACAGCGGUGUGUGUCACUGCAACAGCCACAAGAGGAGUGACUUCUGGAACAACCUCAGAAACAGCUUGCUGCUGGGAGGACUCAAGACCUUCAACCUAACUUUGUCUGAAAUAGAUUCUCACCUCCGACACGCAGACACGAUGCUGCAGAGCUUCAGGCAAGGGCUCUCUGAGAAGUUCUUGUCCACCGUGAAGACUCCAGAGAAGUGGGGCCUGAACCGGUGGAACCAGAAAAGCCUCAUCUUCGACUACACGCCCGUGUACGAGUUUGUGUCAUCGUUCCUGAACAGAGCGGAUCAACAGGAGGGCAGAGCGGCGGCCGUCAUGAGACUGGGAGCCGCUGCGGAGUUCAUUCGACAUUUUCAGAUCUCAGGGUAUUUCAUCUCACAGUCUCUCAUUGCUAAUGCUGUUGAUGCCAGGCUGGUGUUACUGCAGAGGGUAAUAGCGUUGAUACAGAAACAGAUGGUGAUGACGGAUUUAACCCCCGAGUUCAUCGACAAAUUGCAGGAUUUUUCCAAGAGGUUAUUUCUCCCCGCUGAGCUGAAGAGCCUGAAGAACAGCCUGUGUGUUCGUCAUUGGGAAGAUGUCCUGCUGGUCACCGUGCUGAAGGGGCAGAACGUGACCGGAGUCCGCAAAGACAAAGGCAAGAGGGACCAACUGAUUGAACAGAUUUCUGUAGUUCUAUUGAGAACGGAGCUCCUCCAGCGGCAGCACAGGUACAGAGAAUUGUGUCGCUACCUACGAGUCGUCAAGACGGAUGAUUCCAAGCUUCUCCAGUCGCUUCGGGACCUCAUCCCGUUCUUCACGUGCAUGGACGGCUCUCUCACCGGCAGCCUGGACAGCUUUUUCCCCUCGGUGAACGCUCCCGCCUCGCGCCUCACGCCACACCUCUUCCUCUUUUACUUCCGCGUCUUCGACACGGCCACCGCGCCGACGUCGCCGGUCAGUCAGUCGGCGCAUCUCGGCUUCUCUGGCGCCUGGCAGCCGAUUAAAGAUGCCGUGCCACUGCCGCGUGCUCUGCUGGUGAGGUUCGCUCUCCGGGUUCAGAGAUGCUGCGCCGCCGUCUUCAAUGACUCUUGCUGUUGGACCAUUUUACUCAAAGUCGUCAACACGCUCACCGCCGUCCCGGAACCACGUCCAGAGUUUCUACACGAGGCGAAGGAUGUUGUGAAUUCGAUACUGCUCGGUCAGCACGGGUCCAACCUACAGAUCCCAACCGUCUUUCAGGAGGUGUACCCAGAUCAGGCGUUGUUGCUGUUGGUAACGGGGGCUUUAGAUGUGAGAAUCCUUAGUGCUGCUCUGAGUCCAGCCCUCCCCGUGCUCAACACCUUUAAGGAGAACAUCUGGGCUCUUGGGUGGCUGUGGGACAAUUUGUCCACCUGCCCAGAACGGCUCAGAUCCUUCUUACAGGAGAUCUCGCGGGAGAUGGAAAUCACCAAAGAUGGGGAUCAUUUGUUACCCUUUCUUCACGCCGCUCUCUCCACCUCGUCUUCCUCAACAGAGGACUUCGACCAGCCAUCCAGACCCUUCUAAACCCCACUCCUCCUCCUCCUAAGUGAAGGCAGCGGCCGCCAUGAUCCUGACUAGACGAAGCGGAAAGGGGAGGAGCCACGAAUCAAUGUGUCUGAAGUUCUAUGCAGACGGCAGAAUUUAACCGGACGGAACCGGACGUCGGCGAUGAAGAGACUUCAAACACGUCCUCAUUAUUAUUCAUCGUUUUCAUAACGUCAUAGAGACACUUUACGUUGCGUCAUUCUUUAAUUACUGGACCGGGUCUUCAUGCUGAUCUUCAGUUAAUUCCUGCACUGUUGGAUGAAUCUUUUCUUUUUUUUUUUCUUUAUGUUCACGACCUUCUGAAAAAGAUUAUCUUCAUGUUGGUAAAUAAACAGAAAGAAAUGACUUUUUUAAUACCGUUGUUUUUUGCUUCUGUUGCUUAUUUUGAAUCCUAAUGUAAAAUAUAAGAUUUUAUUUGCAGAGUAAAUAAACAUGUGCUAAACUCAA